AUGGAUAUGCUCGAUGCAGCUUUUGUCAAUCACGACUACUCUUCAUUUCAUCCAGCUCUCGUGCCGUCUGAGGUGCCGGGCGACAUUCCCUCGUACCUCGAUUCGUCCUCCGCAGGCGUCCACAGUGACAGCUCAGAACCUUCGCUUGCUCGUUCUCAUUUCUCCAUUCCAGGUCAAGAACAUUACGUCGAAGACUCCUUCGGCACAGACAGCAAUUGGCUUGGGGACUUCUACUCCCCCAACUGCGACUUUUGCUGCUCUUUUCCCACGCCGUGGCAAGUGUGCUCUCAAUUUGUCGAGGAUACCAUAUUGCAGGAUGCAACAACGAGCCUUGAAAUCUCUCACACCCCUUCAACCUUAGAAACUUGGUCUCCAGUGUGCACGUCGACCAGCCACCCUUCGCAGGCGAGCCCCCUAGCAUUAUGGGAGGAGAUGGGAGGACACAAUUACUCCGCGAGUGUUUCAGUUUAUGGAGGACAACAUCCUAACUCAAUGCAACAACCAGGAUUUCCUGUACAAUUAGACUGUCAGCUUGACCGGAAGAUCGACCCGACGUCGCCGGAUCCGCAGAAGAUCAAGAGCAAAAGUCUCCACCGGGAACACAAGCGCGAGCACGAUGGUCAACAUAGUUGCGCAACGUGUCAAAAGACCUUUACAAGAGCGGCAAGUCUCGCCACGCACAUGAAAAUACACGGGGCUGGACCAUACGUGUGCCAAAUCUGCACCAAAGAGUUCCCCAAGGCCUCGAACUACCGCCGACACCUCAAUGUUCACAACGAGAAUCGCCAGAAGAGGAAGUGUCCCAAGGAGGGCUGUGGCAAGACAUAUGCGUUUGCGGGUUGCUUGUCCCGGCACAUCAAGUCGCACUACACGGAUUACAUGUGUGGCGAUUGUCACAAGCUGUUCAAUCGGUCGGAUCUCAGAAACAGGCACCAGACCAAGCACUGCCGCAAAGCCCGAGAGCGACGAGCAGCCGGGGAUCUUUUGCUACCGCAACCCCAAGAUGUACAGUCACAGCCGCUGCAGGAGUAUCACCAGGUCGACGAGCCGGCCCAUACGCUCGCACAGUCGCCAAUGCCAGCACAAACCUUUACCAUUUACCAGCAAGGCAACGACACCGUUCAGAGAUCAGCGCCGCAGCCCGCUGUCCAUUGCUCCGACGGAUGCUCCAGAGAUACAGCUCCAAACGAUGGGUGGGACUUCAACUAG